UCAUCAUAUCCUCUUUUCUCCGGUUCGAACCUUUAAACCGGUCAAUGAUAAAACGGUCAUACAAAAAAACCACUCCAUUCUUUCUCAUUUUGACCUAAAUUCCCUUUCCCUUUCCUCGAUUCCAUUUUCGUCUCUGAAGAAACAAAGAGAUUCACUCCAAUCCAAUCGGAUUUAGCAUAAAACAGAAGCUGUUGCAGAAAAAUGCUCCCUCCACCACAGCAAUCUCGGGUUGGAGGACUGCAAACGUCUUUGUCUCUAGUUUCUUUGGAUCCGCGGUUGUCUCCUGAGGAUCCUAGGUCGAACUCUGAUAAUCUUCGAGAAUCUCCUACUGAAAGUGCUAGUUCUAGAGAAACCUGGCCUACUGCUGAUGCAAUUGCUGCGAAGAAGAUGGAGAAUGGAAAAGCUGCUAUUGAUUUUCCUGAUCAGUCAGUUAUUCGUCGUGUUUCGAGUGCGGACAGAAUUAGUCUUCAGGAUAUUGCUAGAGAAAGAGUGGAUGUAAUAUGUGAUAGAAUGCACCGUCUACCUGACGAGUUUCUAGAUGAGCUGAAAAAUGGACUUCGAGCUAUCCUUGAGGGAGGGAAUGGCUCGCAGCAUAGAGACGAGUUUUUCAUUUUGCAGAAGCUUGUUCAGAGUAGAUCUGAUUUAACAGCCAAGACAUUGAUUCGAGCACAUCGAGUGCAGCUUGAAAUUCUUGUUUCUAUAAAUACUGGAAUUCAGGGAUUUUUACAUCCUAGCAUCAGUCUGUCGCAGACAUCCCUGAUUGAGAUAUUUUUGUACAAGAGGUGCAGAAACAUAGCUUGCCAAAACCAGCUUCCAGCUGACGAGUGUUCUUGUGAUACAUGCACCAACAACAAUGGCUUCUGCAAUCUUUGCAUGUGUGUUAUCUGCAGCAAGUUUGACUUUGAAGUAAAUACUUGCCGUUGGAUUGGAUGUGAUUUGUGUUCUCAUUGGACUCACACAGAUUGUGCCAUUCGGGAGCAACUUAUCUGCAUGGGUCCUUCUGUUAAGAGUGGAUCAGGGCCAAGCGAAAUGGUUUUCAGGUGUCAAGCAUGCAGUAGGACUUCAGAACUAUUGGGCUGGGUUAAAGAUGUCUUCCAGCACUGUGCACCUUCAUGGGAUGGGGAUGCCUUGAUAAGAGAGCUUGAUUUUGUUAGUAGGAUCUUUCAUGGUAGUAAAGACCAACGCGGGAUGAAUCUCUUUUGGAAGUGUGAUGAUCUCAAGGAAAAACUGAAAAGUAGAAAAAUGGAUUCUAAAGCAGCAUGCAGGGCAAUAUUGAUGGUUUUCCAAGAGCUUGACCUGGACAACUCAAAGAGUCUGGAAAAUGCAGAAAGUGGAAGGCUGAUAGCUCCGCAGGAGGCAUGCAAUAGAAUUGCUGAAGUGGUGCAAGAGGCUAUACGAAAGAUGGAAUUUGUAGCUGAUGAGAAGAUGAGGAUGUUCAAGAAGGCUCGCAUAGCUGUUGAGGCUUGUGAUCGUGAAUUAGCGGACAAAGCCAGAGAAGCAGGAGAUCUCAAGGUGGAGAGGCAAAAAAAGAAGUCACAGAUUGAAGAACUAGAGAGAAUUGUGAGGCUUAAAAAUGCAGAGGCUGAUAUGUUCCAAUUGAAGGCUAAUGAGGCCAAACGAGAGGCUGAGAGGCUCCAGAGAAUCGCACUUGCCAAGUCUGAUAAAUCAGAGGAAGAAUAUACCAGCAACUAUUUGAAACAGAAGUUAAGUGAGGCUGAGGCUGAGAAGCAAUAUCUGUAUGAGAAAAUCAAAUUGCAGGAGAGUUCUCGCUUAUCGCAGAGCAGUGGUGAUCCUUCUUCAAUGCUGAUGUAUUCCAAAAUCCAUGAUCUUCUAUAUAACGGUCCUCCCAAGGCAGACAGUCAAUCUAAUGACUGUCACCCUUUCCGUACAAACCCCUGAUGAGUAUCGGUUCGGUGUUUGUUGUAAUCUCUUACAUAUUAUUAUAGCAUUCUCAUUCUGUUAUACAAUUGACAUAGAGUUGGUUCAAUUCCAUUACAUUUGAGGCAGAAUAAGCCUUUGUAGAUGGAAGAGGUACUAUUAAAUGCUUAUAAUUAACUGGAACUUGGAAACCAGGUUUGUUCUAUUUAGUGUAUGUAUGAAUAUGUUUCAGUGGCGAAUUAUUGAUUGUUGCUUAAUUUGUGGAA